AUGUCGUUGGACCCAAUGUGGUCGAGACAGAGUUAUUUGGGUCGAACCGUGAUGUCGACCUUCCGGUUGGUCCUUGCCCUGCAGAGCCACAUCUCCGCCACCGCUGGUGUUCUCCCAAUCUAUCAUCGUCUCCCUCACCUCCGUCUCCUGUCUCCUCCAUGAACUCAGGCCUCUCUUAGAGCUGCUGCUUUCCCUUCAGACCAGAUGCAGAAUGGUUAUCCACACGCUUCCUUCGCCUUCUGCCCUACCCCCAUGCAACCUCAGGAGGAGAUCUGAAGCAGCAAUAGCGUCAGCCACAGUCGAGGAGCCGGGAGCUGGCCGCAGGAAAGCGAACCUGUGGGCGAAGCGCAAGGAAAUGGUUAAGCUCCCCGAGUAUUCGGAUGGCAGUGGCAGGGUCUUCCCCGUGAGCGAGUUCCUCAGCCAUCCAACUGGCGUCGAGGCUCUUCUAAAUACCAGAGCCUUGCAAAGAUUUGAGCCACUGGACUCCAAUACAUAUAGGUGCACUUUGCAUAAAAUUCAGUUUCUCAAGUUUGAAGUUGCCCCAGUGUUGGACUUGCGGGUGACCCGAACAGAUGAAGAUUGCACAGUUGAGAUGUUGUCCUGCAGGUUUGAGGGUUCAAAAGCAGUUGAAAAGCAAAAUCAACUUUUCUCGGCAUUUAUGAAAAACUAUAUAAAGUGGGAGGCUAAAAAUUCGGAGCCAUGCUUGAUUGUCGAUGUGAAUUUGAGAGUUACCCUUGAGGUUUAUACAAAGCCAUUUAGCUUGCUUCCAUUGUCAGCAGUGGAAAAACCCGGAAACCUGCUUAUGAAAGGUCUUCUUGACAGGCUUGUUCCUUUGCUUGCUGAGCAGCUACUUAAAGAUUACUGCUCCUGGGUUGAGGAACAACUCGAUCAUCAAACAUAAACGAUUACAUUUGUUGCAUUCUACAUUUGAGCAAUGUAUAAUAUGCGUUUAAAGCACUGUAACAUUACUCUUUAAGUCUUGUUUAGGUUCCUGUUUCUCAAGAAAGCACUUGUCAACAAGAACCUGAUGUGUUCCCAAACAUGUAAUAAUUCUGAAAGCUUUCUUGUCACCCUCUUA